CCCAGGAGCGGUUCCAUGGCGGUGGCCACGGCACUAGGUUCCCUGGGCGCGGUGGCCCUGGGCACCUUCGUGGUGGCCCUGCUGCUGCGGUGGCUCUGGGAUGCGCUGGUGGCUGUCACCCGAUUCCGGGCCACUUGUCACCAACUGAACAAGUUCCCUGUCCCGCCGUGGCGCAAUUGGUUGCUGGGACACACCGGCAUGGGCCAGAGCACGGAGGAAGCCCUACAGCAGGUGGACACCUUGGUGGCCCAGUACCAUCAUGGCUGUCUCUGGUGGGGACUUCCCUGGCUGCCUGUCCUGCGCCUCUUCCACCCCAGCACCCUCCGGCCACUCCUCAGUGCCUCAGCUUUCGUGGCCCCCAAGGACAAAAUUUCCUACGGCUUCCUCAAGCCCUGGCUGGGAGAGGGGCUGCUGCUGAGCAAUGGGCAACGCUGGGUGCAGCACCGGCGACUCCUGACACCCGCCUUCCACGGGGAUGUGCUCCGGAAUUACCUGGGAAUCUUCAACCAGAGCACCCGCGUGCUGCUCGCCAAGUGGGGGGCAGCAGCAGCGGCAGCUGGUGGGGGGCCGGUGGAGUUGGAGGUGCUGCAGCCCCUGAGCCUCCUCACCCUGGACACACUUCAGAAGUGCAUCUUCAGCCACGAGAGCCACUGCCAGGAGCGGCCCAGCGAGUACAUCCAGGCCAUCCUGGAGCUGAGCUCAUUGGUGGUCCGGCGCCAGCUCCAGCCACUUCUCCACCUGUGGUGGCUCUACAGCCUCUCCUCCGAUGGCCGGCGCUUCGCCCGCGCCUGUGCCACUGUCCACGCCUUCACUGCUGAUGUGGUGCAGCGCCGGCGCCAGGCACUCGCCUGCCUGGGCCACCAGGCCUGGCUGGACAGCCACCGGGGACGCAGCAUGGACUUCAUUGACCUCCUGCUGCUCACCAAGGACGAGAACGGCCACACCCUGUCAGACGAGGACAUCGCGGCUGAGGCUGACACCUUCAUGUUUGAGGGUCAUGACACCACGGCCAGUGGCCUGGCAUGGCUCUUCUACAACCUGGCUGGCCACCCUGAGCACCAGGAGCGAUGCCGCCAGGAGGUCCAGGAGCUCCUGGCUGGCCGGGACACUGCGGACAUUGAAUGGGAGGACCUGUCCCAGCUGCCCUUCACCACCAUGUGCAUCAAGGAGAGCCUGCGGCUGCACCCUCCUGUCACUGCUGUGUCCCGGCGCUGCACCGAGGACAUCGCCCUGCGUGAUGGCCGUGUCAUCCCCAAGGGGGUCAUCUGCCUGAUGAGCAUCUACGGGACCCACCACAACCCAGACCUAUGGCCUGAGCCUGAGGUGUUCAACCCUCUGAGGUUCAGCCCGGAGAACAGCAAGGGACGGUCCCCGUCGUCCUUCAUCCCCUUCUCUGCUGGCCCCAGGAACUGCAUCGGGCAGAGCUUUGCCAUGGCUGAGAUGAAGGUGGCAGUGGCACUGACACUGUCCCGGUUUGCACUGCGGAGGGACACGGCGAGGCCACCCCCGCGCCGCAAGCCCGAGCUGAUCCUGCGUGCUGAGGAUGGGCUCUGGCUGCUGCUGGAACCACUGGGAGUAGCUGAUGGACACGGGUCACCAGGACAUGGGGACAUCCUGCAAGGGAGGUGUCACAGCCAGGGAAAGAGCAGGGAAUAAACGGGAGCAUGAAGGGGACAGUAUCGUGGUGGUGGUGGGGAUGUGUUGUCCUUGGUCAUGGGACACCUCAUGGCAUGGACAUGUCAACCCAUGGACUUGUCCCCUAAGCCACUUGUCACCACCCAUGGCCACGUCCCCCAUGUCCUCAUCCAUGGCCAUAUAGCCCCAUGUCACCAUCCAUACCUGUGACACCCCCCCCCAUGCCCAACAUCGCCAUCCACAGCCAUGUCCACACCCACGUCCUUGUCAAUGUCCCCAUCCCCACCCAUGUCCCCACCCAUGUCCCACAAUGCCACUAUCCGUGUCUUAGUAAAAUGUCUUUAUUUUUACCCCAAUGUUUGAGUGAAGGGAUGAAGAAAAAUGAAGGAAAAUCAAAGCCAAAAUAAAAGGAUUUACGUGUA